UGCCGCAGAAGUCCGGAAGUGAACGGUAUAUUGACAAUAUGGCUGCUCUUUCUGUAGGAGUGGGAAGGAGGAAGUCCCGGCUUUGACAGCUCAGUGCACCUCGAAUAAUAAAGUUAAGCUUUGCAAAAACCGAAUUUAUGAAUGAGGGGACUCCGCAAAGCCCGGGAUGCAGGCACAGAGCUGAGGGUACAUUGCGAAUGUGAAGAGCACCAUGUCAUUUUUUAGGAGGAAAGCAAAAGGCAAGGAACAAGAGAAGCCGUCAGAUGUAAGAAUCAGCAAAGCUCCAGUGUCUGUCCAGUCACCAUCACUGGGCACCCGUAACCAUGCCAUACAGGAAGCAGCAGGCCCCAGCCAUGUGGCAAUCAAUGCUAUUUCUGCCAACAUGGACUCCUUUGCCAGGGGGCGGACCGCCAUACUCAAGAAACAGCCCUGUCAUAUGGAGGCAGUUCAUUUUGGAGACUUGGGCCGGUCAUGUCUGAACUACCAAACGCAGGAGACCAAGUCUCAGCUUUCAAAGACGGUGGAUCAGAUUCUGCGGGACAGCAUGGCCCUCCCGUACUUCAUCCAGUUCACGGAGUUGCGCAGGGCGGAACACUUGGUCAAGUUCUGGUUGGAAGCGGAGAGUUUCCGUUCCACCAGCUGGUCCCGAAUCCGAGCUCACAGCCUGAACACUGUCAUGCACAGCUCCUUAGCAGAGCCUGCUUCCCCCUCAAGGAAGCAGCAUGAAAACAAAGAGCCCUCUGAAGAUUUAGCACUCGGGCAGCUGCAGCCUUCAGAAGCAGAAGAGGCAUUCAGCCCCGCAAGAACGCACAGACAGGCCAGCCCUCUCGACACUCAUUCAGGCAGGAGCUCCCCAAACUAUUCUUUAAACUCGGAUAAUAAGGAAUCGUAUGCACUCCAUGGGGAUUCAAAGGCCGGGACUCCCACAAAAGAAGGUUCUUCCAAGGCUGUGGUACCUAGUGGACUCCAGUCCCCCAGGACAAUCAAAGAUCUGUCAGGAAAACUAAUGAAAAGUAUAGAGCGAGAUGCAGUGAAUAUGUUUACCAAAUACAUCUCUCCAGAUGCUGCUAGGCCUAUUCCAAUCACGGAGGCUAUGAGGAAUGACAUAGUAGCUAAAAUCUGUGGAGAAGAUGGUCAGGUGGACCCAAACUGCUUUGUUAAAGCACAAUCCGUCGUCUUCGACAUAAUGGAACAAGAGCACUUUACUGAAUAUUUAAGGAGUCACCAUUUCUGCAAGUACCAGAUUGAAGUGUUGACCAGUGGAACUGUGUACUUGGCGGAUAUUCUUUUCUGUGAGUCGGCUCUCUUCUACUUCUCUGAGUUCAUGGAAAAGGAAGACGUUGUAAAUGUCCUUCAGUUCUGGUUAGCUGCAGACAACUUCCAGGAUCAGCUUGCUGACAAGAAGGGCCAGUAUGAUGGGCAGGAAGCUCAGAAUGAUGCCAUGAUUCUUUAUGACCAGUAUUUCUCUCUCCAAGCAACAAAACCACUGGGGUUUGACGAUACAGUCAGAUUAGAAAUUGAAUCCAAUAUUUGCAGGGAAGGGGGACCACUCCCAGACUGUUUCACAACUCCAUUACGCCAAGCAUGGACUACCAUGGAAAAAGUCUAUAUGCCUGUCUUCCUGUCCAGUAAUCUGUAUUAUAAAUAUUUGAAUGACCUGAUUAACUCUGUUCGAGGGGAUGAGUUUUUUGCUGGGAAUGCUGCGUUACUAGGCCAUGGAUCAGGCAGCCCCCAGGACAGUGAAUCCAGUACUGGGAGCUUGGAUGGACCAGCUCAGCAAGGUAACAAAAAGGCUACAAUUAAAAUCCUAAAAAACUUUGAUGAAGCAAUAACUGUGGACAUAGCAAGUUUGGACCCAGAGUCUCUAUAUCAGCGUCCAUAUGCAGGGAGAAUGACGUUUGGGAAAGUGAAUGAACUUGGACAGUUUGUUAGAGAGGCUGAGCCCGAGCCUGACGUUAAGAAAUCUAAAGGCUCAAUGUUUUCCCAAGCCAUGAAGAAAUGGGUGCAAGGAACCACAGAUGAGGCUCAGGAAGAGAUGGCCUGGAAAAUAGCCAAGAUGAUUGUAAAUGAGGUUAUGCGCCAGGCGCAAUAUGAACCUCCUUGUGACAAGUCCACGAAGCUGUGACCUUUGGAUGAACCAAAAGAUUCCCUUUUUUCUUCUUGCCGAAGAGGUGCCCUGUUUCCUAUGGAGGAUUUUGGCCCACCAACCCGUGAUGAUGAACUGCACACUUUAUUUGUAGAAUGUUACUCCCUUCAUUUGUAUGAAGAUAACAAAGCAUUCCAGGACCUUCAGCGUCACUGUGUGUAUGUGUGAAUUUUAACUGUACUCCAGUCUAACACAAUGAAGGCUUUUUUAAAACAUAUGAAGACAACACAGCUGCAUCACAGUGCAAUGUAAACGCUGAUUUAGAAAGGGGCUGCCUGCAGCUGCAGUUGGUAAUGUGAACUGAAAGACUUCAAAAAAAUUCAUAUCUACUCGGCAUACCAGUGUCUUGAAGAACUGUCAAGUUAGUCCACUUGAGAGAAAAAAAUAAAUAAAUAGAAGGACUUCAUGGAGUUUAGGGUAGUGUUAAAAAAAAAAAAAAAAGAAAUUAUGAACCAGGUGGUCAGUCCAGCUAUAACAGCUUCUUGCAAGUACAGUUCUAUCCGCACAUGCAAAUAUUUUGUUAACAGUAUGAAAACUCUCCAUUUUUUGUGUUCUGAAAGUAGCUUGCAAUGUACUGUAUAAUAACUGGAAACAUAAGUUAGCUGUUCUUAGUGCAAAUGGACUGUCUGUCACCCUUGGCCCUCUGUUUAAGAUCCUACUGCCCAUUUGCAAGUCACACAUUGACCAGUUGUAGACCCCUCCCCUCCCAACUCCUCUCCCAUUGAAUUCAAGUGCUAAAGCAGCUUAAAAUAAGGAACAGAACAAAAAAAACUGUAGACUUCACUCCUUAUAUUGCAGUACUUUUAUUGUCGAUCCUUGUGAAAUACUUUCUACGCAUAUGUAAAUGUUAAGUUUCUUUCCUGACGAUCACAGUUAAUAAAAAGACAAAUUAAAAAAAAAA